AUGAACAUGUCAUCCGCCACGGUCGACGGCACGGUGUCAUCAACGCCUGGACAAUAUGCCGCAGCCGAAACGACACUGAGCGCUGCCGCGCGGUUCUUUGAGAUCUACGAGAUGACGGAAGAAGUCCUUCAAUACCUCGAUCCGGCGCAAAUUAUGCGAACUCAGGGAAUCAUGCGCAAGUUUCGGGAAGUCAUUGGCUCCAGCCCUGUUGUACGAGAAGCGGCAUUCCUGAGGGAGCACAAAGUUCCAAACAACAUCAUCUGGGAGGUCGGAUACAAGAAUCGACGACCAAAAGAAAUCAAGUCAUUCUCGAGCGCAACUUCCGACUGGAACCCGAACGUACCCAAGCAUCUCGGUCGGUACUGCGACACUGCGGGCCGUCCGAGGGCCUACAAUUUCGAAGAUGGCUUCUUCCGCUACGCCGUCCACGAGAUCAAUCCAGCUGUGCUGUCUUCACUAUCCGCCCAUCUGCCAGGUACCGGAUUGUGCAGCUGUCCUAAGGAAAUGCUCGCGAAGAACGCCUCUUGCCUAGAGAUGUUCCUCUGCGAUCCACCGGUCAAGACUGCUGUGGUUCUCUAUCGUCGGCCACAGAGGACGUCGUUCGACCCGGGCGAACGCCCCAUUUUCCGCGAUAUGGAUGAGGAGGGCGGGAUUAAGCUUUACUAUGAUACAAGCAUGAUGGCGCAUUUCGAAACCACUCUUGCACUGCGUCCUCCAUCUCCGGCGAACUCGACGGCCACGACAAAGCAAGACGCCAUGGCACAAUCUCCCAACGCUGCGGCGCGAUUCUUCGGUAUCUACGAAUUGGUCGAGGAAGUCCUGCAAUAUCUUGCGCCUGCGCAGAUCGCACGGACACAACGAGUCUCGCGCACGUUCCAAGAUGUGUUGAAGAGAAGCCAUCGUGUGCGACAAAUCGCCUUUCUCGAAUGGACCGGGAAGCAGGACGUAUCCAUCUGGCAAAUCAAUUACCAAUAUCAUCAGGCGACGAGUAUCGAAGUCCACGACUCACCACCAAACGGCUACGACUCUCAACAAGACUUUCUCAACCACAGGUUCACACCACCGCCGGGUCACAAUUUGUUCUCGAUCUUGAGCAGCUGCUUCUUCCGCCUGCCGACUUUUCGGCCAAAUCCGAGCCUUCUGCAAAGCGACGCUCAUCUCAUGUCUACAAACAUGCUAUGCGGCUGUCCUUCAUGUGCGGUGCCAACCCCAACAGCCCGGCAGAUCGUCCCAUUCACCCUCAAUCUCCGAUGCCGGAACGCUCUGGACAAGAACAGUUCAUGUCUGAACAUGUUCAUUUGCGAUCCGCCGGUCUGCGCAAUCGGUGUCAAGUAUCUUCGAUACUCGCCGACGAAUCGUCCCAGCAACAAGACCCGAUUCAUGAUGCUGAAUAUCUUCAAGUCAAGUGGCAUUACUGUCCGGGACAUUCUGGAGCCGAUGCGAAAGGAGCACUCUGGAUACUUUGUCGAGUCGAUAUGGCUGCAUGAAGGCCGUUUUGUGUCCGCAGAGUCGCAGGAGCAAGUCCGGUCGUGGGAACAGGGAACGAAGUGCAGAACGGUGAUGAAGAUGGAAGAAGAGAAAGAGAGGAUGCUUCAGAAGUAG